GUCAGGGCGACAUGACAGAGCUUUCAGUGUCGGGAGUAUCCUCGAAAUCCGAGACCGGCUCGGCGUCGCGAUAUGGCCAAAUCAGACUCAGUGCAAUUGGUGCGACUUCUGACCACGUUUUUCGUCGUUGCUCUCACUUGUGAUUCAAGGCAUACACGGGCAGAACCAGGCUCUACGUUUGUAUAAAACUUGCCGCCUUGUGUGUGAAGUGUUUCUUGACUCUAUAAGUUUCCGUCGAAUCUCCGCUGCUUUUCAAUUUUUUCAACCGGUCUUACAUCGUGCAGUGCCGACAGUUGUUAUCUCUCACGUGUGUUCAAUCAGUGCGCGCUGAAAUUUAACUAACCUCUCUGGAAGUAUGUACAUUUCAAGUCACCCUGCCUGGUUUCAAACGUAUGCUUGAUUCGAGUUUUCUGUUCUACGCCUUAAUGCUACGCUGGCUGGGCGGGGCACGGGGGAAAUGAGGCUGCGGCCGGACCUGGGGGCAGCAGUUCUGGUGGAGUGCGGAGUGGGGCCGGGAAGUGGAUCGGGAGUGCGAAAGGGAGCGUCGCUGGGUGUGCACCCUCUGUCGGAGUCGCGUGUGUCCCUGUGCCUGUGCCUUGUGCAGGAGUCGCGGGGAGUUACGCCGGCGUUGGCGUCGGGGCGGCGUCGCCGAGUGCGGGGAGUGCGAGCGUCGUCGGCGCGAGUCGGCCGUUGAGCAGUGCGUGGCACACGGCCCUCAUCGCUACGGCCGCGGCGAGCAUGUCGGCCACGACCAACAACAACAACAAUAACAACAACAACAACAACAACCAGUCCAAACAGCCGCCCAAGAGGCCCGUCCGCCGGGGGGGCAAGCCGCCGCCCGACCGGCCCCAGCGUGCCCUCUUCUGCCUCACCCUCAAGAACCCUCUCCGCAAGCUCUGCAUCGAUGUCGUCGAGUGGAAACCUUUUGAGUACCUGAUUCUCCUAACAAUCUUCGCAAAUUGUGUUGCGCUGGCCGUCUACACGCCUUAUCCAAAUAGUGACUCGAACAGGACGAACGCCUGUUUGGAAAAUAUUGAGUACGUGUUUCUAGUAAUAUUCACGGUAGAAUGUGUCAUGAAAAUAGUUGCCUACGGCUUUGUCGCCCAUCCGGGUGCCUACCUAAGAAAUGGAUGGAACUUACUAGAUUUUACAAUUGUAGUUAUAGGAAUGAUAAGUACCACUCUUUCAAAUUUGAUGAAAGAGGGUUUCGAUGUCAAAGCUCUUCGUGCAUUUCGAGUUCUUCGACCACUAAGAUUGGUAUCCGGAGUGCCAAGCUUACAAGUAGUUUUGAACUCAAUUCUCCGUGCCAUGGUGCCUUUAUUACACAUAGCUCUUUUAGUAAUCUUUGUAAUUAUAAUUUAUGCCAUUAUCGGUUUGGAGUUGUUCUCAGGAAAAUUGCAUAAAACUUGCUUCAACAACAUCACUGGAGAAAUGAUGGAUGAUCCACAUCCAUGCGGCGAGGAGGGUUUCCAGUGCAGUUUCUACAACAAGGGCACCGAAGAGAUCUGGGAGUGCCGACUCGACUGGGAGGGACCACACUUCGGCAUCACGAAUUUUGAUAAUUUCGGACUGGCCAUGUUAACUGUCUUUCAGUGUAUCACCCUUGAGGGUUGGACUGACGUUCUCUAUGACAUUGAGGAUUCUCUGGGCAACACAUGGCAGUGGAUCUACUUUAUUUCUAUGGUCAUUCUAGGUGCUUUUUUCGUCAUGAAUCUAAUUCUUGGUGUGCUCAGCGGAGAGUUCUCCAAGGAAAGAGAGAAAGCGAAAGCCCGAGGGGACUUUCACAAGCUUCGAGAAAAGCAGCAGAUAGAGGAGGAUCUGAAAGGAUACCUUGACUGGAUUACGCAGGCUGAAGACAUAGAGCCCGAAGCUGAGGAUAAGAAUCACACUCAGGAUAAUAAAAAUAAAUCUUCAAGUAAGACUGAAUCAGCAGAUAGACUAGAAGGGGAUGAAGGGGAGGUUCAAGAAUCUUGGUGGAGGAAAAAGAAAAAAGACUUUGACAGGGUUAAUAGGCGUGCUCGAAGAGCAUGCCGCAAGGCUGUCAAAUCUCAAGCUUUUUAUUGGUUAAUUAUAAUUUUAGUUUUUUUAAAUACUGGUGUUCUUGCAACGGAACACUACCACCAGCCAGAGUGGUUAGAUGAAUUUCAAGAAGUUACCAAUAUGUUUUUUAUAGCUCUUUUUACAAUGGAAAUGCUGUUGAAAAUGUAUAGUUUAGGAUUUCAGGGUUACUUUGUCUCUCUGUUUAAUCGUUUUGAUUGUUUUGUUGUUAUUGGAAGUAUAAGUGAAAUGGUGCUCACCCAUACCAAUAUUAUGCCCCCUUUGGGUGUGUCUGUUUUGCGUUGUGUUCGACUUCUUAGAGUUUUUAAAGUUACCAAAUAUUGGCGAUCACUGUCAAACCUAGUAGCAUCUUUGUUGAAUUCCAUCCAAUCAAUUGCAUCUUUACUUCUACUUUUGUUCCUGUUUAUUGUGAUAUUUGCUCUUCUUGGCAUGCAAGUGUUUGGCGGGAAAUUUAACUUUGACCCAUCGCAAUUUAAACCUCGUAGUAAUUUUGAUAGUUUUUGGCAAAGUCUUCUCACAGUCUUCCAAAUUCUUACAGGUGAAGACUGGAACACUGUUAUGUAUGAUGGCAUUCGAGCUUAUGGAGGAGUAGCUUCCAUUGGUAUUUUAGCGUGCAUCUACUACAUUAUUUUGUUUAUCUGUGGUAAUUAUAUAUUACUGAAUGUUUUCUUGGCUAUUGCUGUCGAUAACUUGGCGGAUGCUGAAUCAUUAACAGCCAUUGAAAAGGAAGAAGAUGAUGAGGCAGAAAAGCAGCAGAAGUAUGCUAGUGGUAGUCCUGGUCCGAAAGAAGACGGAAUGUCCAAUGAUGAUAUGGGGCAAACAGAUGAUGAAAAUGGGAGCUUGAAAGGAUCUGAAAUGGACAAUCAAUCUCAAAAUGAAACAGAUGAAAAUGAACGUUACAGUGGCGAGGAAGAAAUGGAGGAAGAGGAAGAAGAUGAUAACCAAGGUUCUGUUGUUGAGGCAACCAAUCCAGUCGGAGAAGACUACGAUGAAGAGCCGAAGGGACGGAAAACGGCAUUGCCGCGUAAAAUGUCUGACACUAGCCAAGCACAGGAGACCAAGCCGAUUCCCGCGGGCACCUCAUUUUUUAUAAUGUCCCAAGACAACAGGUUUCGUGUAUUUUGUCAUUGGUUUUGUAAUCACAGCACUUUCAGUAAUGUUAUUUUGGCCUGCAUUCUUAUUUCGUCUGCCCUGUUGGCUGCUGAAGACCCGCUGACCUCUGAGAAUCCACGCAACAAGGUGUUGGUUUAUUUUGAUUAUUUUUUCACCACGGUGUUCACAACAGAAAUUUGUUUCAAAAUGAUCACUUAUGGAUUCAUUUUUCAUGAUGGUGCAUUCUGCCGCUCAGCAUUCAACCUUCUUGAUCUCCUAGUUGUUCUAGUUUCUUUAGUUUCAGUCUUUUCAAGUUCAGGUGCUGUCUCGUUUAUUAAAAUUUUAAGAGUGUUUCGUGUCUUGAGGCCUCUGCGUGCCAUCAACCGAGCUAAAGGACUUAAGUAUGUAGUCAAAUGCGUGAUAGUCGCGAUAAAGACGAUUGGGAAUAUCAUGCUGGUAACCUACCUCCUCCAAUUCAUGUUCGCUGUCAUAGGAGUGCAGCUCUUUAAGGGCAAAUUUUUUUCAUGCUCAGAUGGCUCUAAGAUGACAGAAGCAGAAUGCCAAGGCACCUACUUGGUUUUUGAUCAUGGUGAUAUCGAUCGCCCAACAGUUGAAGAAAGAGUGUGGAAACGGAAUAGAUUUCAUUUUGAUGAUGUAGCAAAAGCCAUGUUAACGCUGUUCACCGUCUCCACUUUUGAGGGUUGGCCAGGGUUACUGUAUGUAUCAAUUGACUCAAAUGAGGAAGACGUUGGUCCAAUUCACAAUUACCGUCCGAUAGUAGCUGCUUAUUACAUUAUCUAUAUCAUUAUUAUUGCUUUUUUUAUGGUUAAUAUUUUCGUUGGUUUUGUCAUCGUCACAUUUCAGAAUGAAGGAGAACAAGAAUACAAAAAUUGCGAGCUUGAUAAAAACCAGCGAAAUUGUAUAGAAUUUGCGCUGAAAGCCAAACCAGUGCGUCGAUACAUUCCGAAACAUAGAUUUCAGUACAAAAUAUGGUGGUUUGUAACAUCACAACCGUUUGAGUACACCAUAUUUGUUCUUAUCAUGAUCAACACAAUCACCCUAGCAAUGAAAUUCUACAAACAGCCACAAGGCUACACUGAUGCUUUAGACGUUAUGAAUUUGUUUUUUACGGCUGUUUUUGCUCUUGAAUUUGUAUUUAAGUUAGCUGCUUUUCGUUUCAAGAAUUAUUUCGGAGAUGCAUGGAAUGUUUUUGAUUUCAUCAUCGUUCUUGGAAGUUUUAUUGAUAUUAUUUACACGGAUUUAAAUCCCGGCUCAAGUAUAAUUUCAAUUAAUUUCUUCCGGUUGUUUCGAGUCAUGCGCCUUGUAAAACUUCUUAGUAGAGGUGAAGGUAUCAGAACACUGCUAUGGACCUUCAUCAAAUCGUUUCAAGCUCUGCCAUAUGUUGCCUUGUUGAUAGUAAUGUUGUUUUUUAUUUACGCUGUUAUCGGAAUGCAGGUAUUUGGAAAGAUCGCUUUGAAUUCCGAGACGGCCAUUCAUAGAAAUAACAAUUUCCAAACGUUUCCUCAAGCUGUUUUAGUUUUAUUUCGUUCAGCCACUGGUGAAGCUUGGCAAGACAUUAUGUUGGACUGUUCUUCGCGUCCGGGUGAGGUGCGAUGCGAUCCAAGAUCUGAUGAUGCCAAUAACUUGAACGGCUGUGGCUCAGAUAUAGCAUUUCCAUAUUUUAUUUCCUUUUAUGUACUAUGUUCUUUUUUAAUUAUAAAUUUAUUUGUUGCUGUAAUUAUGGAUAAUUUUGAUUACCUGACAAGAGACUGGUCAAUACUGGGGCCACAUCAUCUCGAUGAAUUUAUAAGACUGUGGAGUGAGUACGAUCCAGAUGCAAAAGGCAGGAUCAAGCAUUUGGAUGUCGUUACACUCCUUAGAAAAAUUUCACCACCUCUAGGAUUUGGAAAACUCUGUCCACACAGAGUUGCCUGCAAGAGGUUGGUUUCCAUGAAUAUGCCUUUGAACAGUGAUGGGACUGUUCUGUUCAAUGCUACACUAUUUGCAGUGGUGCGAACAUCACUACGAAUAAAAACAGAGGGGAACAUCGAUGAUUGCAAUGAAGAAUUGAGAGCAGUCAUCAUGAAAAUUUGGAAAAGAACCAGCCGGCAACUCUUAGAUCAAGUUGUUCCACCACCAGGAGUUGAUGAUGAAGUUACAGUUGGUAAAUUUUAUGCAACAUUCCUCAUUCAAGAUUAUUUUAGGAGAUUCAAAAAACGAAAAGAGCAAGAACUAAAAGAUGGCGAUAAGGAGUCUCACAACACCGUUACACUUCAGGCUGGUUUGCGAACUCUGCACGAUGCUGGACCUGAAUUAAAAAGAGCAAUAUCAGGCAAUCUAGAAGAACUCAUUGAUGACAACCCUGAACCAAUGCAUCGACGAAAUCAUUCUCUGUUUGGCAGUGUAUGGUCCUCUAUGAGAAGGCAUCAAGGAAGUUUCAAUCGCGCUCGAUCUCUCAGACUGAAUACAAGUCAAAUUAAGAUGAAUCAUUUAGAUGUGCCUGGAAGAAACCUUCGCAAGGUCUCUCCAACAAAUUCAAUAGAUUCCUUACCUUUCAACUCAAUGCAAAAAGUUGUAACUGGAGGAGUAAAUCAUAUAACUAACUUCACUCGGAAUACCUUCUCCCCGCAGAUAACAAAUGCAAUGUCAAUGCAAGACAUGAAGAAGGACGAUGAAGCGAUGAUUCCCCUUCAGCCACUCACUAUUUCUAAUUCUGGACCUCCAUCUAGAGACUCAGGUGGGGAGUACAGCCCCCCUGUACGUCACUCAUCGCGAUUGAGUUGCAUAGCAGGUGAGGAUUCUCCCACUAACUUUUCAAGGAUCGCUGGCGGUCUAAAGCUUGCUCAGGCGCAAGCAAUGGCUGUUGCGGUUGCUGGAUUUCAGCUUUCUCCAAACAGCAAACGCUCACCGUUGUUCCAUAGAGCUUCAUUUCAUGGCAGAGGUGAUGAUCCAGACGGAACCAAAGCUGCUGAGAGACUUGCUCGCUCUCUUCCUGGUAGUCCAGCCGACCGGAGACCAAAUUUUCCUGAAGUAGUUGGCUCCGCAGAAAGUCUUGUCGGCCGAGUCCUCGCUGAGCAAGGACUAGGGAAGUUCGCUGACCCUGACUUUGUGCGCAACACAUCAAGGGAGCUCCAAGAGGCGCUGAACAUGACUGAGGAAGAGAUGGACCGUGCUGCACACCAGCUUAUGGUUGCCGAGCGACAGGGUCGCUCUUUUUCGUUUCAAGACUAUAAUUCUUCAUCACAAAACCCUCCAUUAUAGCACAACGCCUCUUCCUUCAACCAAGUGCCUGUAUUUAUUCCCCAUCCUCACCGGAUUGUCAUUGUUCUCCAAUAUAUAAAUGCGAGCAUAGCUGGACUUUGUUCUGCAAAUUUAAAUGGGGGCCUCUUUCAUAGCAGACUCUUUUUUUCUUUAUCUUAGAACUCUUUUGUAGUUCUUUAAAGUUAGUGUAAAUCCAGCAGUGAUGGAUCAAUUUAAAAUCAACAAGAGAUGUAUUUACUAUUGAAAUUGAUUUUCUCAUCAAACUAAAAUGAUGAUCACACUGUUUUACAUUGCCCCAUUUCUCAAUUUCAAUAUUUUGAAGAAUCGUUUCAGAUUUGCCGAUUUCUCACAGCUGACGUUAUUAAUCACACUGAGACUAAAUUUUGACUUUAGUCGUAGAAACAUUGCUGAAAUGUAUCAGUCAAACUUAAGUAAACGUCAACUACAUGGGCUCAAUGAACUAGCUUUUAUUAUGCACCUUUGAACCAAAAAAGGUUCCUAUAUAUUUGUAUCCAGAGUCAUGGAAGAGGAGUUCCUGAAACAAAACGUCAGUAGUUGAACUCAAUAUUCCUCAUUCAAAUGGUCACUGAAUCUUGACUGAAACUCCUGAUUCUAAAUUUUUUAUAUUGCUCAUUCUUUAAUUUAAUUUUCUACUUUGAUUUUCUCUCGCAGGGUGUCUACAAUUUUUGAAGUUAAAAGACUUUAGAUAAUGUUAGAAGACCUCUGAUUAGAAUAGAAUUUACAAUUUUUCAUGAUUGCUCCAGAAAUUCGUAGGAGAUCUUAUAAAAAAUUCUCAUCGUUUUAGAUGGGUUGACCAAUGUUAUUUUUCUUUAUUAAUUCAUUCAUUUUUUUAAUUUUUUUUUUAACUAAUACCUGUUCAAAAUAUGUGGUUAGAAUUUCAAUAAUUUAACCCAACAUUUCUCUUAAAUUGUUAACAGGAAUAUAAAAAAAGUGAAUACUAACAUUUACUUUCUUGUGCUAUUUUAAUAGUUUGAAUUAUGCAAUGUUCUUACCAAAUUUUCAAGUGACUUUUGAAAUUCAAGCAUCACAGCUUGAUGAAAAACAUUGAAAAAAUUACCUCAGUUGCCUACUAGAUGCAUGAUCAAUUAUUCAAUAAGCACCUUAUUAGUAACCAAAAUACUUCACAAUGUUCAUACUGAAGUAAAAUAGUGGAACAAAGUGGUUAUUUUGAAAGAAAUUUUGGAAAAACAUGCAAUUGAAAAUUUUAUGCACUUCUAUUUGUCAUAAGGUAUCUUUAAUAUAUAAACUUUUGCAGCUUAAAUUUGUGAAGUUUGAACCAAUUCCAAAAAAAUUUCUUUACCUAUUUCCUUGGAGCUGAAAUGAUCCCAAAAAAUUAAUCCUUUCAAAAAUUGUAGACAUUUAGGUAAGAAUUGGUGAGUUUGACGCUAUUUUUUGGCAUCAUAGCAAGCCAUGAAGGAAAGGUUGUAAUUCAAAGCUCACAAUUUCCAUAAAGUAGUGCUUUCAUUGACUGAAUGGGCCACUAGACAGGGUAAGAAUUAAAACACAAUACACAUUUCCUUGACAAAAUUUUAUACAUGACACAGAAAACAUUUUCAAAAUUAACUUACCCAGCAAUAAAGUGGCUUAUCGUGUUGGAAUUAGAAUCUGGCAAUACCUACCAAAUGCCUGCUCUUGGGGAGAGUAGAGUUGACACAAGUCAAGUGAACAUAAAAGUGAGGCAGAUCACUGAAGUUUUUAAAAGAAAUUUCCUUCCUCUAAUGCACGCGUAAGCGUGGUGAUUGUACAUCUCCUACCACAUGAAAACUCGUCCAAAAGGACAUUGGUACACUAGGGAAACCAUUUGGACUUAAGUAACUCAUCAACAAAAAUUUAUUUUGUCCUUUGACUCACGCAGACGUUAGUUUUUUAAUCCAGGAGACAUCUGAAUUCAUACACAAAGAACGUGUCUUUUUCUUACAUUCUCUCCCUCUUUGCGACUUUGUAAGGACACCUCACAGAGGUCGAUAUCUAUUUAAGCGUACCACAAAAAGUGGGCCAAAAUUUGGGAAACAGUUCUCAGAACAUAUUGAAGAAAUUCCAAAUCAAGCUGCUUUCCAAGAAUACCUCCCAAAAUUCAGCUGCAGCUUGAUUCUAGCUCAGUAUUAAUGGCAUGGCAAGUCAUUAAAAGUUUGCAUGUUACUUGCAGGUAUGGCAAAAACUCCCCAAUUCUUUUACCAUUCUGUUCUUGGCAUUAAUGUGUGUUUGAUAAGGUAUCUUUGUAUUGAUUGUUUUUGAUGCAAUUUUGUGAUACAUAUCCUUCUUUUUUCUCUUUUUUUUCUUAUUAAUUCAAGUUUACCCCCUUUCUUGUCAUAUGUUGUUACAACUCCAGCAGCGCAAGGGAAGAAACACUUCGUUAAGAAUUCAAACAUUUGAGUUACAUUAAUUAUAGUUUGGUACUUUGAAAAAAUCUCCUGCAGUUCCAGUCUGAACGUUGUAAGUGAGGAAUAAAAUUUUUCAACAGAGUUGAAUAAUUUGUCCAUUAAGCACCUGUUUCUAUGAGUACCUACAUGGAAGUGGUGAAUGAACUCGAAGAUCAGAAGAUAAACCGAAAAGAUUGUCCUGUGCUGUUGGUGUUGGUGAAAGUUAAAUCCGAUUUUUUCAUCCCCUCUUCUAAAAAAAUUUAAAUUGUUUUCUCAUCAUUAAUUUAUGGUAACUUUAAGGAACCAAAGAUAAAAAAUGCCAAUCGUGGUAAAUGUUUUUACCGUUCCUGCAGAGAGGUAUGGAACCACCUUUUAUAAAGGCUUCGUUUUUUACCUUUGUUUAUAAAUUUUAUUCCCUCUUUCCUCUUUUUCAUUGUACAGAUUUCUUUGUUUCCUUGAUGAAUGUUUGUAAAUAAGAAUAUUUUGUUGUUGUUUAUAAGAAUUACCUGAUAGGUACAUGUAUUGUUGUUUUUAUACCUACUUACAAACGGAGUCUACUAUUCUCAAGUGGAGUCUGUUCAGAAAUUCUGCUCCUUAUGAGUAAGUCUUGGUUCUUGAUACCCAUGCUUAUCAUGCACAAACCACUAAAUAGUCUCAAAUUCUUGCAUCAAUAUUUUCUACUUAAUUUCUUUGUAAAAAUUUACAAUUUUGUUUGUAAUUUAGACGAAAGGUCUGUUCAAAGCAUAGCAUGACUCUCAAUAAAAGAGACUUAAUAAUGAGAUUUCAUUUGAGGAUGAUUAAUCUGUAUUAACAUGUGGAGCUGGUCUAUGGUUAAUCACCAAUUCUUUCUGUACCAUUUCGCUUUUUAAAAGAACUGCAGAAGUUAUCUGUCUUUAAAUGUUAAUGAUUUCAGUAUCAUCAUUUUUAGAUGAAUUUCUCGAGGGAAAUCCUGUUCAGUUAAAAGAAAAAAAUUACUAAAUCACUGAAAAAUGUAAAUAACAAGUCCCAAGUCCCUCAUUAAAUACAAAAGUCUGAAACAUGAAGGGAAAUAUACAAUGUUAAUACCUCACAUGAAUUCAGUAAUUAUUGAAUCAACUGAGGUAGGUACACAUUUUCCUACUUUUCCAGUUCCGUAUUACUUUCGUGUUAUUAGCUCAACAAAAGUACCUAUUGUCUUUUUAAAUCGUCUAUAUCUUAUCAAUCGUCUCUUAAUUUAUUCUUUUAUUAUUUAUCAUCUGAUUGUAGAUCACCAAAUAUUUUUUAUUGUUACUUUAAUCAGAAAAAGUUUCCAUUGACUAGCUUGAAUAUAAUAUCAAUUUUUUCCCCACCUUAUGAAUUUACGUAUGAAUUUUCCUCUGUGCAUCUCUCUCCUUGCUCUGAUUAAUGGAAGUGACCUCCUCUGCUCCUUAAAAGAAAAGGAAAAUAUGAGAGCUGAUUUAUUUCUUUACGUAAAAUGCCAUUGAAAGUAGUUGUUUUAAAGUUUCUCCCAGAAGUUUUUUAAUUCCUUGUUAUUAUUUGCUGCCAUACAUUUUAUACAACAGAUAGUGCUAAUCAUCUUGACGAGACUGUUACUCAGUACAUCUUUGUCUCUAAUUUAUCAUGGAAAAUUCGUAAAGUUCUUAAGGGACACGGUUGAUAAAAAUACAUAAGUUUUUCUUGUCAACAAAUUAUUGCUGCCCCAGUUGUUCUGAUGAACAAAUUUUAUAAAUUUCCUGGCCUCUAAAUAAUUAAAUAAGGAAUGGACUUGACAGUUAAAAAUUAAAAUCCUAUCACCUUUGUAAAAAUUGGCUAUACAAUGGAAUUUUGAAACAUAGGUCAGCUAUAUGAUUAGUCAUAGCAUGAGUAGUCCGGCCAUUGGGUCAAAAAGAAAUCAUAUAGCAGGGCUACGCUAUGCAAGCUACAACAAAUCCUGUAGUCAGGCUAUGUGGGCUAUGAUAAAUCACAUAGCCAGGCAAUGUUUCAAAAUACAUUGUGGGUGCAGCCAAUUUUUGUUAUUUGAUCAAUAUUUAGUUUCCAAAUAUUUAUCUCAAAGGUGAAAUAGUUGGUUGUCAAAUGGUCAAAUUUGCGCCCAUUAACAUGCUGCAUCCAACCACUAAGAUUCUCUCUUAUUACUAAUAUUACCAUUCUUUGUACACCAUUCAUGUCUACUGAUUAGACCACUUACAUUUUGCAAUGAGGAACUAAUAUUUCUGGCUCAUUUUAGAAACAACUCAUGUGCCAUAGGUUUCCCUAUGCAGGUAGGUGCUUCUAUGGAUGAGUCGGGAAUAGUAGUCCUUAAUCGUGAAAUUCAGUCCCAUUGAGUUCUGGGUAAUGCACAGGAGAUCCUUGUGACCUCCAUAGAUAAAAUUAUUUUUUUACACUAUUACAGUGUUUCCGGGCCACACUGUUAAUUAAUUAGUUUUCAUAUUUAUGAGUAAUUCAUUAAUGUGUUGUAUCAACACACUAUAUUGAAGUUUAUCGUUUUUGUAUUUUUAUUUUUUUCAAUAGUGAUAGAGGUGCAGGGAAAAUAAUGUUUCAACUAGAUCUGCCAGACUAUGGUGCAGUUUUCCGCAAUGAAAUUUGAUUUGACUUAAUCCACACACUCACUUGACUUUAAUUUAUAUAAAAUUUGUAUAUUUCCCUACUGUGUUGAAGACCAACAAAUAUCUGUAAAUGGGGAUCAAAUUUCGCACAUGCUCUCCUCUUUUACUGUUUUCUUUCCUGUUUACUUGUCUCCAACUGAAUCUUUGCAAGAAAAGUGGAGUUUCUAAAAUUGUUAUUUUGGUCUGUAACUGUAAAUUAUUUUAUACUAAUUAUUCUGUAAUAAAGAAUAUUGAACAAUA